AUGUCUUUCAUGGCCGCGCUUAGAGCACAGAAGAACGAGACAGUGGGAGGAAGACGAGACGGGUCCAAAGCCCAAGCAGUGGCGAAGCCGAUCUGUAUCAUAGCAAAUUCAAGCCAAGAAGGCCGGUUUACUCUGUGGUUGGUUGUACUAGACACUGGAGAUUAUGAUACGGGAAGGAGAAUUUGCGAGAUUUUCUCAAAGGAGGCGGCGGUCUUCUCAACGGUCUCACCGGAGAGAAUUGUAUUGUGGAAUCCCCUGUUUAAAGGAUCGAUGGCGGCUUGUGCAAAGAUCAUGUCAAGGCAACAUCUACAGCGACCCUUACAGGGACUCACAGAUGAGAAUCUGGAGACGAAGACAGCCCACCUUCGUCGGGGGCUUGCGAGAUUGACGACCGCCAAGCUAAAGCAUCGUGCUGCCCAUAUAUCAUGGGCAUCGACUUUUAACCAGCUCCAGGGUCAAAUUCACGGCUGGAGCGGUAACCGAUCCUUCAUAGUGACGCUGAACUCAUGUUUCAUCGCGUUCAUCGAUAGGACUGAAAAGGUGUGCUUUUGCAUGUGCGAAACUGGGACAAUCGAGGGAAAGAUCAAAUCAGAGCGCAUCCGAUUCUUCCUGGUGGCGCUGCCGCUUGUCCAACUCAAACUAUCUGAAGCGCGAACCUCAGCGGGGAAGCUUAAGGAGUACAUGCAAAAAUUUCCAUUGGAUAGCCUCCAGUCUUUUUCAGAAACCUGUGCUUUCCUUCACAUUGAAAACCCCUUGAUCUCCUCUGAAGUUUUCAACCUGUUUUGGACCUGUAUCGCACUUCCCCUCCUCGGCUUGCCUUCAUUCGGCUCAAGAAGCGACAAAUUACGACAAAUUCACCCUGACUUGCGCCGUGAGAUUGAGCAAACAUUAUUUUCGAAGGAUCUGAUGAUCGGAUCCAGCGUCAUCACACUCGCUCCAAGCCAUUCGUGUCUUCCCGGAUCGUGGUCGAAUGCAACGGGGAACAUCCGACGAAUCCAGAUCGCAUUCUACGAUGGUCACGAAGAACAAGCGUCCUCGGUGACUUAUAACCUUACUCGGCUCGAGCCCAGCCAUGUGCUGCAGAAGAUGAUCAAAACCGAAAAGGCGGCUUUCGAAGAAUCCGUCCAGUACUUUCGAACAUUUCACGAUACAGUGCAGUGGUUGGCAAAGAACGACGAUAGGACCUAUCCAAAGUCAGAGGAGGCUUCCCAGAAGUACUCGAAGUCCGAAAUUCAUCCUAGCUUGUUCAAUCUCCGAGAGAUCGGUGCCCACCAUCGAGCCUCCAAAAUUCUUUGCUUGUCUCCCAGUGAAGGCGCAAACAACGAAAUUCAGAUGUUUUCCUCCCAACGAGCCAGCGGCAUGGAGCAAAUGGGUUCAACCUCACAAAAAGAUGCUCCUGCCUUCAAUUUUCAUAUCCCUAGUUUUCAAAUCACCGAAAAGGAGCCAAGAACGCCGUAG